AGCAACACACUUGCGCUUGCAGCAUUUUGUUUAUUUUCCAUUCCGCUUCGCAAUUCACCUUUCAGUUUAACCACACCCUCAACAUGCCAAAGUCAAAGCGCGCAAAAGUCGUGCACCUCGCGAAAACUGAGAAGAAAACGCGGCUACACAAAACUGCCCUAGUAGAAUCCAUACAUACAGCUCUCACAACACACUCUCACAUCUACGUCUUUUCGGUUGCAAAUAUGCGGAACACCUUCCUGAAAGAUGUCCGUGCCGAACGGUCCAAUGACCGCUUCUUCUUUGGCAGAAAUAAAGUCAUGGCCAAGGCGCUCGGGACCACGGCUGAGGAAGAGGAACGAGAAGGAUUGCAUCUUAUUUCCGAGAGAUUAGUGGGAGACGUUGGGCUAUUGUUUUCUAAUGAAGGACCGGAGGACGUGAAGAAGUUCUUUGAUGAUUAUGUUAAGGCAGAUUAUGCUCGGUCGGGGUGUGUCGCGACGGAAACAGUGCAACUACCAGAAGGGAAGGUGAUGCGAGGAGAAGAGGGGUUUCCGCACAAUAUGGAGCCCCAAUUGAGGGCUUUGGGAAUGCCCACAUCGCUCGUUAAUGGGGUUGUGACACUGAGAAGUGAAUAUACAAUCUGUAAGGCAGGUGACGUGUUGACUCCAGAUCAGGCACAAUUGUUGAAACACUUUUACAUUCAGCAAGCAGAUUUCCAAGUCAAAAUUACAUGUCAUUGGUAUGAUGGAAAGUUUGAGGAAUUGGAGGACACAAUGGAGCAAUAGAAACAAAGUAAUAAAUAUUCCAUAUCGUAUUAGCUUUGCCAAGAGAACGGAGGAUUAGCAAAUAUCCCUGGCGUUCUCUUUCUGUACAAUAGUUGUUGUUUUAAGAUGUGUGAUUGUUUGCUAAAUAUGGCGAUAGCAUCCACUGUCCCGCGCUCAUAGA